UCAAAAUCGCAAAAAUUUAUUAGAUUAUCCCAAAACAAAAACCUCCUUCUCGCUGUUUCCCUUCUCUCUCAUCUCCAAUUCCUGCUUCAUUUCAAUUUUCACCACCGGAGUUCCGACAUUCCUUCCUCUCACCUCAUCAAUGAAGGGCGUCUCUGAUCCUUCUCUCAUUCGUCUCAACAUUGGUGGGAAGAAAUUUAGAACAACAUUAGAUACAUUGACUCUGCGGGAACCUGAUUCGAUGCUAGCUGCAAUGUUCAGUGGCCGUCAUACCUUAUGCCAGGAUCCCGAGGAGGGAUCUAUCUUUUUGGAUAGGGAUGGGAAACAUUUCCGUCACAUUCUCAAUUGGUUAAGGGAUGGCAUAGUUCCAUUUCUUUCUGACUUUGACCUUUUAGAGCUUCUGCGUGAGGCAGAGUACUAUCAAUUGCUUGGACUCAUGGAUCGAAUCCGUGAUUUAUUAAGUAAUAGGAAGGAAGACGAGGAACCUCAGUCAGAGCUGAAGCGUGUUGAUAUUAUCAAGUGCAUUCAGUCUGAGAAAGUUAGACUGCGAGGGGUUAACCUUUGUGGCCUUGAUCUUUCCAAGCUGGACCUUUCAUAUGUAGACUUCAGCUAUGCAAGUCUUAAAAAUGUGUUCUUCUCACGUGCAAACCUUCAGUGUGCUAAAUUUCGGGACGCGGAUGCUGAGGGCUCAAUAUUUCACAAUGCAACUUUGCGAGAGUAUAAAAUCAAUAUUUUAUUCUCUUCUCAUCACAUUUUUUUUCUAACUUUUUUGAGGAUUGUUUUAAUAAUUGUAUUUUGCCUAGAAAGAUGUGAAUUUACUGGAGCAAACCUUCGUGGGGCCUUGUUAGCAGCUGCUAAUCUUCAAAGUGCUAAUUUACAAGAUGCCUGUUUGGUUGAUUGCAGCUUCUGUGGAGCAGAUCUACGCUCUGCACACCUUCAGGGUGCCGAUCUAACUAAUGCGAACUUGGAGGGAGCUAAUCUCGAAGGAGCUAAUUUGAAGGGCGCAAAACUUCUUAACGCCAACUUGAGGAGUGCAAACCUACAACGAGCCUAUUUGCGAUAUGUGAAUCUUAGAGACACUCAGUUGGAAGGUGCAAGACUUGAUGGAGCAAAUUUACUGGGAGCAAUCAGGUGAAUAAGCAUUAAAGGUGCAUGACUUAAGAAAUAUAUCUAUAGUUUUUAAGUAUUUUCUAUUGUAUAUACAGAUAGUGCCAUUCUCUUUCCCUGCUCCAUUAAAUUAAGGCAAAUCUAAGCAUAUGCUUAUAGACGAUUAAAAUCAGUUGGUUGAUCAUUAUUUACCAGAUUUUUACAAA